CAGAUAAAAUAUUGUCGAGAUUAGUUGCAUGUGGUGUGUGGCGUGAGCAGUUCGUAUAUUUGUUUUUCUCAACACGUGCUCGUGAUCUGAUGAUAUUAUGAUACAAAUGUUUUGGAAUAUUUUUUUACGAAUAUCAAAAGUCCUAGGAGUAGAAUGGGCCCCGCUAAACGUUCCGCUUUCAAGGCGUCUUCAAACUUUAGCCGCCACGGGAUGGAUCUGCCUGGUGUUAUUUAGUGAAGCACUCGCAGUGCUAUUGUUUAUUAAGCUUUUGUACUCUUCCUAUUGGUAUUUGGCGCUGUUGUAUGCUGUAUGGAUGCUAAAUGACAUAGAUGUGUGCCAUAGAGGAGGCAGAGUAAUCCAGUGGGUCAGGAACUGGACAUGGUGGAGAUAUUACCGCGACUACUUUCCAAUCAAACUAGUUAAAACCACAGACUUGGAUCCCACUAAGAAUUAUCUCUUCGCUUGUUUUCCUCAUGGAGUCGUCUGCUCUGGUGCCUUUGGGGCAUUCGCAACGAAUGCUCUCGACUUCUACAAAGUUUUCCCAGGAUUAAGUUGCCAUAUGAUAACACUAGCUGGACACUUUUUGGUACCAUUCUUUCGAGAGCUAUUGCUUGCGUUUGGUACCUGUGCAUCGUCUCAAGAAAGCUUAUUGUACCUGUUAGAUAAAAAGAGACAUCAAGGAAAAUGUGUGUGUCUAAUUGUUGGAGGAGCAGCUGAAGCGCUGGAUUCCCAUCCUGGAGAAUAUAAGGUUAUUUUAACCAGGAGAAAAGGAUUUAUUCGCAUCGCGAUGAAGUCUGGAGCACCAUUGGUACCAGUUUUUUCGUUCGGUGAAACAGACGUGUUCCGUCCCCCCCAUAAUCCUGAGGAUAGUUAUUUGCGUCGCUUUCAGGAGCGAGUCCGUAAAUUAACCGGAAUAUCUCCAAUGUUCCCGAUUGGACGGGGACUGUUUCAGUAUUCAUAUGGCGUUCUACCAUUACGCUCACCUAUUACAACAGUGGUUGGCAAACCAUUGGAGGUACAAAGGAACCUCGACCCAACUGAUGAAGAAGUAGACGCUCUACAUGCAGAAUUUACAAAGCGGCUCAUAGACCUAUUUGAGACAGAAAAACCUAAAUAUUUGAAAAAUCAUGAAAACAUUUCUUUGAUUAUUACAUAAGUGUGGAACGGUUGACUCGUAUAUCAGUAGAUUAAAAACGCAUGUUGAAGUCAUAUAUGGUCAUACAGUCACAGAGUUUUUAUUAGCCUGGAUGAUGAAAUAUAUAUGAUAAAAAAAAUAUCUACAAUUAUUAAAAGUCAAUUAAGAAUUAUCUUAAUCAUUUGAUUUUUUUGAGAUUUCUGUAAAAAGAAAUGCUGUUAUGUUCGUAAAUUAUUUUUUACUGGAUAGGUUUUAUAAUUUCCUACCUAAUAUAUCUAUCUUUAUCUACAAUUAGCACGACAUAUAUAUAAAGUAAUAUGAAUAAAUACGUGUAUUUAUGAAUAGUGUAAAGAGAUAUUUAAGUGUAGUUAUAUAAUAUUGUAAAUUUGUUUAUUGACCAUUUGGUCUGAAUAGGUAGAUGCAAUAUACAAAUGAAAAGUAUUUUAUAGUUAGUAGUAAUAAAAUUUGCUUUGCCACAACAAGCUUCUAAUUCACUGGGUCAUAAAACAAAGUUUUAUUCGCAAUAAAAAAAAAUCCGUCGGCGAUCUUUGUUUCCUUACAUAGAUUUUGUUGUAAAAAGGGGUAUUAAUAGUACUGAGUAGAAUCUAAGAAGUAGAAUUCAUAACUAAGUAUAUGUAAAUUUAAAUAAAUUGUAAGUUAUUGUAACAGUACAAAAAAUGUAGUUUGGCUUUCUUAUAAAAUAAAGACAGAACCUAUUUCAAUACUUUAUGGAUUGUAUUUGUUAAUGAUUUUGUUAUAUAUAUGUAAAAAUUGAAAGGUUCAUGUGUAACAUAUUACGCCUUAGAAUUGAUGUAAAUUAAAACAAAAAAAUAGGUUUAAUCUCAUUUUCUGGAUACAGGUGAAUCAAGCUUUUAAUAUUAAAAAGGUACUAGCUUUCUUUAUUAUUGCCGCCCAGACAAAUGAAAAAUAAACAGCCCUUCUGGGCUUUUGCCACAUAACUUCCGUUCCCGUGGGAUUUCCGGGAUAAAAACUAUCCUAUCGGAUUCUAUGUCCUUUAAUGAGUCACAAAUACUUCAUACUAUCUAUCAAAUUUCAUCCAAAUCAGAUUGGUGGUUUAGAGGCGAAUAAAAAACGAACAGACGGAUUAGUAGUAGGGAUACCUGUGUUAUCACAUAUCAUUAUGAAAUUAUGCUUUAAAGGUACAAAUGAUGUUUGUUAUACCUAUAUUGGUUCUCGAUUUGAUUUUUUUCGAAGAGUUUCGAACUUUUUUAUUUUUUUUUAGUUUUCUU